CUCUCUUGAGGCGCUCUUGGGGGUGUAUUGGCGCACCCAUGCCCCCACAUUGUGGCUGUGUUGGGCGAUAAUUUAUAUUUACAUCUUGAGGUCUCCGUAGCCAUUUUGGCUCAAGGUCUUUGCCCGAAGCACUGCCCGUCGGACGACUCGUCGCGGCAGCUCCCUCUCGUGGCCUGGCAGGGCCUCCGUCGUUGGCAAUGGAGAUGCCGAGGCCCGCGCGCCUGGGAGCCUUGAUGGCCCUCGCCGCCGCGGGGAGCGCCGCGGGCGGCACGGCGCCGCUGCUCGACGGUGGCCGGGGCCCGUUCUCCCUGCUCAGGCCCGACCCGAGGCUGCUCGUCUGGGACCGCAUCGUGGACUCCGCGGUCGGCAACGUCACGUCCCUCCACGGCUGGCUGAAGGUGCCCCUCAGCCACGACCGCGCCUUGCGGCCCGACGACACGCCCCACGUUGCCCUGCGCGUGACGGCCCAUGCGCGCUCCGCGUCUCCCAGGUUCGGCCCCCUGCUGGCCCACUGCGGGGGCCCCGGGUCAGGACGCGAGUGCUCGUGGAACACGAUGUUCACCUUCUGGGACGUGGCCGACGACUUCGCGUUCUUCGGGAUCGACCAGCGCGGCAUCGCGCUGACGGCGGACGUAGACUUCCCCUCGGCCUUGUUCGGGGCGUCGGGCGAGGCCGGGGUCAACGGGAGCGAGGUCUUUGAGCAGCUCAGUGGCGGGGCCGUUGCCGACCCGCCGUCGGAAGGCACAUUCCGUGGUCCAGGCGGGGUUCCGCAGCCGUUCCCUGUGGCACAGUGCGACGAGAUCUACGCAAGGCUUGCCAACCUCACUUACCAUGAGCAAGUGGAUCGCGUGCGGCAGAUGCUGGCGGAAUAUCUGGGAGACGCCUCAGAGCCUUCGGAGGAGGAGGUCGACAUCGUCUUUGCCAUUCUCAGGGCGGGCGGCGUUCCGUCGGACGGCGUGCACGGCGUCGGGUACCUGAAUGAGACCUACGUGCGCUGGCACUAUCGGCUGGCGGCCCUGGAGCAGGGCCUGUGCGUCAUUGCGCCUCGUUUCACGCGCACGUCGCCCACUGGCCAGGCCUACAACUCCCUGGCCUACGCGGGCACCCGAGAGCUGGUGCGGGACAUCGAGCUGUUGCGGCGCGCGGUGGGCGCCGAUACGAUCUCUCUCACGGGCUUCUCCUACGGGACGGUGGUCGCUCCGGCCUACGCCACGCUCUACCCAGACCGCGUGGGCCGCCUCGUCGUCGACGGCGUGGUGCCGCCCCAGCCCGACCUGUUGGCCUUCCUGACGUUCUACAGCAGGGGGAUGUUCUCCGCGUGGCAGGGCAUCAUGACCGACUGCUCGGACUCAGUGUAUCGGGGCGUCCCCGAGGAGGAGAGGUGCUCCCUGGCCCCUGGGCCCUCCUCGAAGGUCCUGAAGAUGAUCCACGACAGGUCGAACCUCACUCGGGCCGCGUCCGUCUCGAACCUCAUGACCCUCUCCACGGUGGCCGUGUCGGUGGCCCCGCUGGCCGUUGACAUCGCCUCGAGGCUCUACGACGGUGAAGCUCCGCCAGAGUGGUGCCACGAGGACACGCUCGGGCUCUUCUGCGGCGGAUCGGAUACGAAUUCCACCACGACUCCCCGGGACGAGCCCCUCGGUCCCAAGCAGGACCGCUUCGGCGUCACCAUGAUGGCCGCGGUAUUUGGCCUGGACCUCAGCGGGCGCCUGAGCGAGGAGGCCCUCGUGUCGUGGUGGCGGGGCAGCCUGGAGCAGUUCCCCAUCGGCACCGGUCGCGGGAUUCUCCUCGCCGCGACUCUGGGCUCCUGGCCGCUGUACCCGAAGCCGCUGCCGCCGCCCGGCAGCGGGAGCACCCGCGCGCUGGUCAUCGGCAACCUGCACGACGCGCAGACGGACUACUCCGGUGCUCAGUCGAUGAGGGCCGCGUACCCCCGCGGUGCCCUGAUGACCUGGCAGGGAUACGGGCACUGCCUGCCCAGCCACAGCUUCGAGCCCGGCGACAACACCACGCAGAUCGCCAACACCCGGUCCCUGCGGCGAUGCCUGGGGCAGGUCACCCGCUACAUGGCCACCGACGAGCUCCCCGAGGAUGGGCACAUCUGCGAACUGGACGGCCCCCUCAGCUUCGCCAUCGACUACGCCAGUGCCGCUCUGCAGCUGCUGAUGCUGCGCUAGGCUUUUGAUGUUUCAACCUGCCUUCGCCUCGAUGGCCCUCAAGUGCGACGGGAGCAACAUCACGCUAGGCAGGCGUGGCCGCGGGCGCUCCGCGAGAGCGCCUCGGGGCCCCUCGGGCUGCGGCAGGGACGCCCCCUCGAGCUGCGGAGGGUUUCGGGGUGAGAGGAGCACGUGCGGCAGUCGCGCUGCCCUCGGACGGCUGCGUCGCUGCUCGCAGGCCGCACCUCGCCUGCACGAGUUCGUCAUUGCCGUCCUCUGCCUUCCCUCCUGCUCGUUCGCCUCUCUCUCUCUCCCUCUCGCCUGCCGUCCACCGGCCCCUCCUCCUCCUGCAGCCUGGCCCUACAGUCCGUGGUGGGCGCCGCCAACAAGCGCGGCACGAGCGGAGCUCUCUUCUACAGCCUGGUUCGCAGAGGGCACGGGCGCCGCCACCAGUGCGGCGCGAGCGGAGCUCUUGUUUGCGAACUUGUUCGCAGGAAGUAUAGCGGCAAGCGCAAGAGAUUGCCACGCUUGCAGACGUGCUCGCAGGAAGCACAAUGGCAAGCGCAAGAAAAAAAAC